AUAUGCUCACACAUCAUAUAAUUUAUUGUAUAUUUUAUUAUCUUUUUAAAUAAAUAACGGUAAAGUUGUCGCACGCAGAUAGCAGUCAAUAAAAACCAAUAAUCCCUAUUGAUCACUGAUGAAAGAAACGAUUUACAUUGUUUGGUCACGUAAGAACUCACACUUUAUUGCGACAGUAUGGCGCAAGGCGUGUGAUCUUUUACGUGUGCCGCCAAAGACAAGGGAUGGUCCAAUGGGGCUCUCCGCUGACACUUCUCGAAGGACGCGGAGGCCUUUGUCGGAGCCGCCUGCGACGCUGGCAGGAUUGACCACGUCGUCUUCUCUCAUCAGUGCGUACGCACCAUUAGAAUUAGUAACAUCUCUCUAGAGUGCAUGAGCACCAAAUACUUUAAUAAUACACCCACCACACCGGAGACAGACUGCGAGCGACAACUGGACCAUUUUCACUACUACGAAAUACUUCAGUGUUGUUUUUUAUUUGGAUCCGUGUGAUCAACCCAUCAUAAUUUUGUUAAGACAAUUACUGGUUAACGAGUUCAACAGCGAAUAAGAAAUCAAAGUAAGACAACUUAUUAUUGUACACAUAUUGAUACAAUAGCGUAAUUAUAUGUGUGUGCAUGUAUGUAUAUAUAUAUAUAAAUAUAUAGGUAUACAAAAUAACAACAAUAAUAAAUAAAAAUAAUAAUAAAAUAACAUUAAUAAAAAUAAUAAUAUAAAAAAACAUAACAAAGUGCACAAUAACCAAAGAUGCUUUCAUUCAAUAUAAAAUUAUUAAUAACCUACAUAUGUUUAUUAAAACUCAGUCCUGUACAAACUUUCAUAGCUUACGACUGUGGGGGCCCACAAAUAAAUAUAAGCGCAUUUAACAGCAUCAAUGUGGAUUUCUGCGAAAAUCAAAAACCUACGGAAAUUGAGACAGUACCAAAAAUAAAAUUAUUGCAAAAGGUAGAAAUACAUCCACAAUAUUUUAAAUCGUGCUUCAUUUCCGUAGAUUACCUUAUAACGAGAUGUUCCACAUUUGAGGAUGCCCAAAUGGUAGAUGGGGGUUACUACUCUGAAAUAAUCGAACUAGGGCAUGCUCGAUGCGACGACCUACAUCAUAAAUUAAUUUAUCAAACCCCGUUAGGAGGCAUAAUAUCAGGAAUUCGAGUAAAUGAAACAUUCCUGACCUCACACACAAGUGGAGGAGUAUUGGAUAAAUAUGGAAAUUGCGAAGGUACUACUUUCACAAACGCUAGGGGUACAUGGAACAAUGUGGUAAUACAAGCCAAAUAUAAAAUCCAUUUAUCCGAGGGUAUAGCAUUAGCAAACACCAAAGAAAAUAUACUGAUCUUACCUACAGGGUCUAGACUAAAAUUAUCAGAGUCAUAUGGGCUUGACCAGUACAAGGGGGAGGUAAUUUGGACCAAUGAAAGGUCAGACUGCAGCAUCACAGAGUAUGAUGUACUAUACGAUGGACCAGCCUCUAUAGUUACCUCCAUAGGUCAUAACCAGCAAAAAAUUCAGACUUUUAUUGUAGAGACUACUCACAUUGCUUUCGCAUUAAAAAAAAUAUCCAUGACAUUUGCUUGCAACAUACCAGUUAUUCAAACCGAUAAUAAUCAAUUACUGAUACUAACUAAUUCUAUGUAUGUAAUCAAUUUUACACCCAAAAAAAUUCAACCAUUUAAUACCGAUUUACUAUCCUACAUAAAUACAAAGUUUGUUUAUUUAGAAUACACUAUAAAAAGAACGGUCACAAAUCUCUAUGAAGACCUAACCAAAAAACAGUGCAAUCUAGAGAGACAAAUUCUUUUACAAAAAUUAACACUUGCCUCUUAUAGUUUAUCUGAAUUUGCAUACACCAUUGGCGAUGGACCAGGAUACGUAGCCAUUAAAAAUGGUGAGAUUAUUUACUUACAAAAAUGUAAACCCGUAAAUGUAGAAAUUUCAGUACAAACUUCAUGCUUCAAUGAACUUCCAGUUUCAUAUAAUAAUAAGACACUUUUCAUGACACCAAAAACUCAUAUAUUACAAACUUAUGGCACUCAAAUAGAUUGUAAUGAAUAUUUACCUCCCGCAUUUCAAAAAAAUGGAAAAUGGUUCUCCCUCACACCAAAACCGCAUAUGGUAAAUAACCCGCAAACAUUAAAACCAGACACCACCCUAACCUGGUCUUACGAAAGUUCCGAAAAUUUCAUGACGGCUGGCAUAUAUACACCCGAUAUUAUGAAGGCACUGCAAAAUCAUUUAAUGUUCCCUCAGGAAUCUGAGACAGUGCAAAGAAAUUUAAUUAGACAAACAUUAGGUCAUAGUGUAAUAGAUCAGGGCAUUAAUGUAAAAAAUCUAAUCGAUGAACAAACCUUAAGUAAAUUAGUCCAUCAGGAAAUAUAUAACAUAUGGGGCUGGUUCACAAGUUUCGGAAAUAUAAUGUCAGGUGCACUAGGUCUAGUUAUUAUAGGUAAAAUGAUCUUAACAUUCAUAAACACGGGACUAAAUGUAUCACUAUUAUAUAACACAUUUGGGUGGAGCAUCAAAUUGAUCGGUGGGUUAUUCUCAAAUGUAACUCAUCACUUAAUGCACAGUAAACAUAAAAAACAGUACAACUCUAAAACUUCCGAAUAUGAAUCAAUAGAAACAGAAACAGAAACACGAAAUAAAAAAACCGAAGCACCACUAAUUCCAUACCAUAGAAGACUCUCAGUAUAAAAAAAAAAAAAAAAAAAAAAAAAUGUUGCACUAAAUUUAAGCUAUUAACAAUUAAAAUAAUAUAAACUGUAGAAAGGUAUAUAUAUAUAUAUACAUAUCAAAAAAAAAAA